AUGGAGUGUGUUCAACAAAGCAUUGUAGAAAAGCCUAAAAAGAGUGAGGAGGAGGCAUCUCAGCUUUUCAAGAUAAUCCAGACAGAGAUGGAGCAGAGAGGAGCUCUGGAGCCCUUUGUCCAAACCUUCACUACAGUCAAACCCGCUCCACUGCUCAACGACUGGACCAUCAAGACCAUCAGGACCCCCUCGUACAAGGCGUCAGGGGCCACAGCUGUGUCUGAGCUGAGGAAAGAUCUGAAUAUUGAGAUGGAGACGUUAUUUAAAGGAAAAAUGGAAAGCUGCAGCUGA